AUGAUACCCAGCUCUAAUGAUGUCCAUCAUAUGCUGGACGAAAGCUCAGGACGUUUUCACCUGAAACGAGGAAAUCCCGUGGACUGCGUCAACAUGAAUAUCCUAUACAAUCCAACCGGCCAUCCGUCCUCAUCUGGUGAGAUCGACCAACGAAUCUCUUCUUCAUGCACUUUCAUACGAAAUGAAGGUCCAAUGUUAUCUCAGGAGAUUCUCCGUCAUGCACUUUCAUACAAAAUGAAGGUCCCUCUAUCAUCUGGUGAGAUCGACCAACGAAUCUCUUCUUCAUGCACUUUCAUACGAAAUGAAGGUCCCUCUAAUAAUGUUUUCUUAUUUUGGUUCUAA